AUGACAAAGAAAGUGGUGUCUGACUGUCCUCUGCAACUUAAUUUCCGUAUAAAGGUAAACUCUAGAGUGGUAGAAAUUAGUAGAGUUCAUGGCCUUCUUCGACGAUUGGCUGGGCAGUAUGCGCUUGCAGAAGUGGUUCGGAAACUAGCAGAUUCGUCAACAACGCUAGCUUCGCACCCGGUUCAAACAUCUCAUAGAAAUAUGGCCAAAAUGCUAGUAGACGAGACUGAGUCUUUUCCCGCAGAACUAUGUCUGCUCGCCUGCGAAAUCGUGCUUUUAUGGAAUUUGUUCGUUACGUAG